AAUUUAUAAAUAAAGGUCAAAAAAAAUAAAUAAAAAAAAGAAAGAUAAAAUACACACAAAACACAUUCUCUCUCGUACUAUUGUAUAUAUUUGUAUGCACCGGGCGUUUGGGUUGCUGAUUUGAGUGAUUUUGUUGAGAGAAAAAAUAUAUAUAUAUAUUUUUUGUGUUGAAAAAAAAAAGGUUUGCUAAUAUGGCAGAAUUUUGUGAUUCUAGUGUUGUUACAAUUUUGUGAUAUAUACCUACAUUAAUAUACAAUACAUUGAAAAUAAAAAAUAAAAAGUGUAUGUUUAUAUAAAAAAUAUAUUAUAUUAUUUUUUUUUUUUUUCAUAAAUUGUAUCAGUAUUAAGUCUUAAUUGUGUCAAUGAUGUUACAGUCAACCUUGAUAUCAGUGUGACUGUGUAUAUUUUUGUGACAAUUAUAAACUGUUAUUGUGAAAAGCAUUACCCGCCUAAAUAGUGCCAGUUAAAAAAUUAAUAAUAAAUACACAUAAACAUUGCUUAUUUUUUUUUGAGUCAAUAAAAUUAUUUAUAACAUUAUUUUUUUCUCAAUUUUUUCUACAAGUGAUUGGUUUUCAUUUUUUUUUUUUGCCUUUUUUUUUCUUGUGUAUAUUAUUUAUAAAAUGUAUUUAAAUUAAAGAAUAAAAAAGUGGUGUCAUUUACAGCUGGAAUAAAUAAAUUAGCAGGUAUUUAAAAUAAGAGUGUCAGGAGGCUAUGGCCAACCUGAAUUUUGAACAGCCACCAAGGAGUAUAGGAAGUACUAGUAUAAUAACUUCACGUGGUACUAGUAGUGGAGGAUUAAGUUCAUCAACAUUGAUGGGUCAUGUCACACCAACAUCAGGCAUGUUUUCAGGCUCAUCAUCAAGUACAUCAAGUACAGCAAAUUCGACAAUUGUCGGAGCAAGCAUUUAUCCAGGUGGAUCUGGAGGUGGCUCACAAACUGUUGGUCAUCCAAUACAACAACAACAACAACAACAGCAGCAACAACAACAACAGCAACAGCAGCAACAACAACAACAACAGCUUUCGCCUAUGGGAAGCAGAGGAGGUGGUGGUGGUGGUCUCUUUACUCAAAGAACUUUUGCUGAUAGACGUACUAUGCCUGCUCUUGGCAAUUCAAAUCCAAUGGGGAGUAUGGGAAGCUUUGGAAUACCACCAAGUCGAAGUUAUGGAUCUCAAGGUGCGAUAAAUAGUUAUCAUUCUGUAUUUGGUAAUAGUGGUGGCGGAGAUACGAGUACACCUCCACUCUUGGAUCUUUCGGAAUUUCCUUCGUUAACAAACAGAGGACAGCAGGGUGAUUCUAUGCCUCAACCUAGCCCCAUGCCGGGAAAACAAGCUUACGUUGGUAUGGUUAAACAACCAACGGUGGAAACAAGUGAAUUUACAAUGAGCUCAGAAGAUUUUCCAGCAUUACCUGGUACACAAAGUAGAGAUGGUCCAUCACCUGGUGAUAAUAUAACAGGUGAAAAAAAUCUUUCAGUUGGUCUUGGACCAGAAAUUGGACAAGAUGCAUUACAAAGUAAUAGAGUAACUGGUACAGAUAAAUCUCAAGCAUCUAAAAGAGGAAUACAAACAUCACCUGAUGGUAAAGUAACGAAUAUACCUGCAAGCAUGGUCAAAGAUCAAUUUGGUAUGGUAGGAUUAUUAACAUUUAUUCGAGCAGCUGAAACAGAUCCAAAUCUUGUAUCAUUAGCACUUGGUCAAGACUUGACUGCAUUAGGACUCAAUCUAAAUUCACCUGAAAAUCUUUAUCAAAAUUUUGGUGGCCCCUGGGCGGAUACACCAUGUCGGCCGCAAGAUAUUGAUUUUCAUGUACCACCAGAAUAUCUCAUUAACGCAUCCAUAAGGGAUAAGUUGGCACCUGUAAAACUCAAUCGUUACAAAGAUGAUCUCUUAUUUUAUAUGUUUUAUACAAAUGUUGGAGAUGUCUUACAAUUAGCUGCUGCUGCUGAACUAUACAGCAGAGAAUGGCGAUAUCAUAUGGAAGAAAAAGUAUGGAUAACGCAAGCACCUGGACUUGGAAUGGUUGAAAAAACAUCAACGUAUGAGCGUGGUACUUAUUUUUAUUUUGAUGCACAAAAUUGGAGAAAAGUACCAAAGGAAUUCCAUUUGGAUUAUACUAAAUUGGAAAGUAGACCUCAUCUUCCUCAAACCUUGUAUCAACAACCUCAGCCUUGACUACAGGUUAAUUAAGAAUUAUAAAUUUAAAUUUAAAAUUAAUAAACAAAAAGAAAUUAAAUAAAAUUAAAUACAAGCAAGUAAAUCUGUACAAAUAUUUAAAAAAAAAAAAAAACAAAAACAAACUAAAUUACAAUCAGUAUGACUGCUUUUGAUAAAUGUUAAUAAUUAUUAUUUUUUUACUUUGUUAUUAAAAUAUAUUUACACAUGAUAUUACUAUUAAUUUUUUUUUUUUUUUUUCAAUAUAUUUGAAAAACAUCAAAACAAGAAUUAAACUUGUUUCAGAUUUGCCUGCAGAUAAGUGUGCUGUAUGUGAAGCUGGAUGUAUCCAGCUAUUGUAUAAAUGAACAAAUUUAAUAAUCUUUAAUAAAACAUUACAUUCAAAGAGUAAAAAAAAAAAAAAAAAA